CAGUACCUGAUCCAGUACCGCUAGUGAAGCUAGCUCAGUACCAGUGGAGCACCAGUUCAGGAGCAGUUCAGUAGAGUUAGCGAAGAAUGGAUGGUCGAGCCCCUAGAGAUCUACGGGAAGUUCUCAGUAUCAGUCCGUUACUUCAUCUUAUACCGAAACAAGAUAGUGGAGCAUUAAAUAGUAGUCGGCUCACGGUAACGAGCCAGCGACUUAGUACCACCACUACCACUACCACCACUAAAGCUCAGUAUACUAUAGACAACCACACUGAGUUAAUGAAUGAAUUAGCGAGCGAAUUCACCCUGUUCGUGGCAACCGAUCCUCACAUCAUUAGUUUCAGCGACAGACCCACUAAGGCGAAUGAAAAUGCUUCAGUAGUCCCCCUACCACUACCACUACAGAGUACAGAGAAUACCAUAUACAAUUCGAGUCAAUUUCUUAACACAACAGUACCGAAUCCCAUCAAACAGUAUAUGCUCAAUCGACCAGUCCAUCAUAGUCGACUUUCCAUUCGGAAAUCUUAUGAAGUAGACGAUGUAUCGAAGACCAAAGUCCAUAACGAGACGUAUCUCCGAAAGUUCUAUAAGGAACUCGGAUAUAGUGGGAUAAUGAGGAAUUCUAAUGAACCAGACCGAGUUAUUGCUAAACGACCAUAUAUAGAUAUGGACGAAGGAGCUGGAGCUGGAGCUGGAGCUGGAGCUGAAUCUGAAACCAUUACGUUUAAAAGGAAACAAGAACCAGACACAGUCGCAGCCGCAGUGUCAGUAGCUCAAGUCAUACCCAUCAAUGAUGAAUUAACAAAACUUAUGGAAGAUGAUGAUAUUGAUAUCACAGUAAAUUGGAGACUAAUGCGUAUAUAUGAUCUCAUCCAACAGUCCAAUGAACCAAUAAGUAUUGAUAAUCUCAGUAAAAUUCAAAAGUAUAGUUAUUCGCAAAUCCUUACUGAAGAUAUUUCCGAUAAGUUAACUACCAUUAUGAGUAUAGUUGAUGGAACUAAUUCAACUAAUUCAACUAAUUCAGAUAUACCUCAAUUUAAUAUAACCACCAGUAUAAUCUCCCAAUACUUUUAUGCUAGUAAGAUCAUUAUGACUAUACUUAAUGGAAAGAAUUCCGAUAAAAGCUUAUUCUUAGAAGAAUAUUUAAGUGCAUGUAUUGGAUUUGUUAAUGAUAUUUGUACUAAUUUAAUUAUCCCGCUUGCAUUAAGAAGAGAUAGUUCAAUUGAAGUUUGUUCACUUAUAAAACCAUUUUUAUCAUCAUUACUUAUUAAUAUAAUUGAUUUACUUCUGAGUCUUUGUAAUCAUAUAAUGGUAUAUGAUAUUUCUGAACAUAUAAUAACUAAAGUUGAAUAUUUAUGUAUAUUAAUGUUAUUUACUGAUAUCGAUAGAAAGGAGAAAGUGCCGCUUAUUUCAAUUCAAUCAUUUGAUUUACUUAAAUUAGAAGUAAUUAAUUUAAUUACAAAGAUAUUCCAAAAGUAUACUGAUCAACGAGAAUUCUUAUUGGUAGAAAUCCUUGAUAAUAUUAUUGUUAAAUCCACUAGUAAAUCUGGAUCUAAAUUCACAUUAUCUAAUGGAUCCAAUAUAACAAUAACUAGCUUAAUCUUAUUAAAAAUGAUUCAUUCAGAUCAAAGUAAAGUGACUACCGAUUAUUCACAAGUAGAAGCAGAAUUCGCCAUAUCCAUAGGGAUUUCUAAUUUAAUUGGAUCAUAUAUGAUAUCUAAAUUAGGCCCCAAUUCCGAGGGCAAAUUCCGAAUGGCAAUUCAACAAUUAAUAGAAGAUGUACUUAAUGUAAUUGAACUUCCAGAAUGGUCAAUGUCAACAUUACUCUUAUCUGGUAUAGCUGUUACUUUAAUGAAUACUAUACAAAAGGUAGAAAUCUCCGAUACGUUCAUGUUAGAUAUUCUUGGACUAAUGAUCCAUAAGAUAUCUCAAUUGAAAUCAUCAAGUCGAACAGUUCCGUUAAUUCGAUUGGAUCCUCAUAGUUCUACAAAUGAUAUAACUAUAUUUGAAAAUCAGUGUGGAACGAUUCUUAACUAUGUAAACCAUAAGGAUAUAUUUGAUAAACAUACGCUUGUACUGUUCCUAAGUAAGAAGCUUAUUAACUAUUUGAUUCCAUUAUAUAAAAGUGAUGAUACCAAAGAGAAAGAAUCAUUGAAAAGGGCUAUAGAUAACUUAAUAGGGUUCCCUAAAUUGAUGUCAGAAGUAGUAGAUGCAGCCAAAACCAACGCUAACCAUAAUCACGAGUAUACGAAUAUCAUAGUAACAUAUGAUAUGACUCUAAUGUAUGAUAAUAUGUUAACUAUAUUGGUUAGAGCAUUAGAAGGUUCACGUAUUAAAGCUAAAAGUAGAGCCAUUCGAAUCUUAUCUACGGUGAUUGAAACAGAUGCAUCAGUAUUAAUUAUUCCAAAAGUUCAAACUGCCAUAUCUAAUCGAUUAACUGAUGGAUCAGCUCUGGUAAGAGAUGCCGUAAUUGAUUUAAUAACUAAGUAUAUGAAUCAAAAAUCAAAGUAUAUUGAAGAAUUCUAUAUUCCAUUAUGUGAAUGUAUGAAUGAUGAAAGUGUACAAGUUCGAAGGAGAGUUAUAAAACUUGCCAGAGAUAUGUAUAGUAUAAUUACUAUUAAAUCAGCUAAAGUAUACAUUGCCAAUAAAUUAUUAAGAAGAUUAAAUGAUGAAGAAGAAUCAUUACAAGAAUUAUCGAAACUGAUCUUAAUGGAGAUAUGGUUUCCAAAAUAUGAGGAAACUUUUUCUUCUUCUUCUCCCAUCUUGCUGGAUAAAUCAAUUGAAAAUCGGGUAGAAGUAAUGACUGAAGUUGUAAAUAGUAGUUCUAAGAAUCUUAAGUAUUUUGAGAAUUUCAUGCAAGUGAUAUAUGGUAAUUCUAACCAACAGGCUAUCAUAAAGUCAAGAUUACUUAUUCUAGUAAAGGUUCUAAUGAAUGAUAUUUGUGAGGGAACUAAGAAGAAUCCUCAAUCAGUAUUGAAAUUGUUAGUAACAUUAAUAUCCAUUGAUAAUCUGUUAUUAGAUCAGGAUCAACUUAUUAGUUUACAACAUUUCAUUGUUGAGGAGGGACCUCAAGCCGAUAUCAAUAGAAUGCAUACAUUAAUGAUUAUUAGAAAAACUAUGGGAUCAAUUAAAGUAUUUAGACCGAUAUUUUUGAAUAAUAUUCAAACUUAUUUAUUAAAACAAUUAACUAAAUUCAGUGUUCGAGAUCUUCAUGAAGCCAUGCCCAUUAUUUGGCAUCUUUGUGAAGUUAAAGGAGAUUCAAUAAAGUUAGCCAAUGCCUCCAUAUCCUGUAUGAAACAUAUUAAAUCAAUUAUUGAUAGUUCAAGACAAUCUGGUUCUGUUUCUAUUUCUGAUUCUGGUUCUGGUUCUAAGGCUCCUCCAUUCAAUGGGAAAUUAUUGAAAUUAUUACAUUUAUUAGGACAUUUUGGUAGAUAUUGUCAGUUUGAAAAGUUCAGAUCUCAAUUCAUGAAAUCCUCAUUAGGUUUAAGAGAUCGAGAAUCCAUUUCUAGUUUAAUGAUGAAAUUCUUAUUAUAUUUUAGUAAGAGUGAUAGGGAUGAUCUUACCAGAGCUACUGCCAUAACUAAUAUAACUAAUAUUUGUUGUUCCCAUCCUAAACUUUAUCUUUCAGAACCUGUACUUCAAGUUCUUGAUCAUGAAUUUAAUGUAGGUAAUCCUUCUAUAGUUAAUCAUAUUAUUCAAGGAUUUAUGGAAUUUACUAAAGGUGAUGAUGAAGGAGAUGGUUCAACUGAUACAUAUACUUGUUUAAAUGAUAUUAAUAAUACUAACAAUAUUAAUAAUAUUCAAUUGAAUCUAAAUGAUGGAGUAUGUUCAGGACUUAUUCAAAGAUAUUUAACUAAGAUUCUUGAAUUUUGUUUAAAGGAUGAAGGUAAAUUAUCUCAUAGUGCUAUCCAAUUCUUACAAUUUGUAAUGGGUCAAGGUCUUGCUAAUGUUCGAUCAUGUACUCCUACUGUGAUAGCAUUAGUGGCUAGUCAAAAUCCUCUGAUUAAGAGUAAUGCUAAGGAUAUGUUAAAGGAUGUGUAUGAAAAACAUGAAAGUUUAGUUCAAAGUAGUGUUUUAGAUGGUGUUCAAAAGGCAAUUACAUAUCGAUCACAAAUCUCCGCUGAAUUCUAUAAUGAAGGAGAUUUCAUAUCUACACUUUAUUGUCAAUUAACUAAAUCAGUAUCAAGUAAGAAGAAAUUUAUCGCCACCAUAUGUCGAUGUCUUCAAAUAACUACUGAGUUAGAGGAGAUUUCUAAACUUGAAUAUCAAAGAAAUAAAAUCUUAUAUAUGAGUCGAAACAUUGCCGAUAUAGAAUUUCUGAUAUUUGAAGAACCCGUCUCGAUUAUAAAUUGUAUUGAUGAGAUUUUAAUUCGUCAAGGUAAUGAUUUACGAUCACUCACUGAAUCAGUUGAAGUGAUUAGUUUCAAAAUGAUAAUCUUAUCGCAAACUUUAUUAUCUUUAUUACAAUUAAGAGAAUUCUUAUGGAAUAGAUAUGGUAUUACUACUGAAUUAUUACAACCUAAUAAUAGUAGUAUAUUAAAACAGAAUUUGAAAAUCCAUCUGACUAUUAAAUUUAACUUACCCUUACCUACAAGUACAAUUAGUACAGAUGAAGAUCCUAUGGAACAAUCAUUUAUUGUAUCGAGUUUUCUACAAUCAAUUGCCAAUUUUAUAUAGUUAUAUAGUUACG